GAGCGGCGGCGGGCGGGCGGCAGGCGGCCGUGAGGGGCUGUGCGGGGCCGGGGGCUCCCCCCAGGAGGGCCGGAGGGUGCCAGGCGGCCGCCUGGAGGUUAGCCGCCGCCAUGCCCGCCUUCAGGCAGGUCGGCGAGAAGCAGCUGCCCCAGGAGGUCGUCUUCAUGGCCUGGUCGCCCAAACGGGACCUCAUCGCCUUGGCCAACAGGGCCGGGGAGGUUUUGCUUCAUCGGCUUGCAAACUUUCAACGAGUUUGGAGUUUGCCGCCAAAUGAAAAUACAGGAAAAGAAGUGACUGCUCUUGCUUGGAGGCCUGAUGGCAAAAUUUUGGCUUUUGGCCUUACUGAUACCAAGCGGAUUAUUCUGUGUGAUGUAGAAAAACCUGAAAGCUUGCACUCCUUCUCAGUGGACUCAUCUAUUACCUACAUGCACUGGAUGGAAGUAACUGAGGAAAGCAGUGUUCUCACUUCCUUUUAUAAUGCUGAGGACGAGUCAAAUCUCCUUUUGCCUAAAUUACCAGCACUACCAAAAAAUUAUAGUACAACGGCAAAAAUUUUCAGUGAAGAAAAGUCAGAUGAGAUUAUGAAGCUUCUGGGUGAUGUAAGGCUUAAUGCUCUUGUCCUUGGAGGCAGCUCAGGGUUUAUUGAAAUUUAUGCUUACGGAAUGUUCAAGAUUGCUACAGUAACUGGGGUGGCAGGUUCUUGUCGUGGACUAUGUUUGUCUAGUGAUUUGAAAUCACUGUCAGUUAUUACAGAAAUACAAGACUCUUCGGACAGUGAGGCAGAGAUAACAUAUUUUCAGCUGGACACCAGUCUAUUAUCAAGUUAUUUACCUGAGGUAACUCGAAUGGCCCGGAAGUUUACUCACAUUUCAACUCUGUUACAGUAUAUAAAGUUGUCAUUGACAUGCAUGUGUGAAGCAUGGGAAGAAAUACUGAUGCAGAUGGACUCACGGUUAACAAAGUUUGUACAGGAAAAGAAUACAACCACUUCUGUUCAGGAUGAGUUUAUGCAGCUGUUGUUAUGGGGCAAAGCAAGUUUGGAACUUCAGGCAUUGUUAAUGAACCAACUCACAGUAAAGGGUUUAAAAAAACUUGGUCAGUCCAUAGAGUCCUCCUAUUCUAGUAUACAAAAGUUGGUCAUAAGUCAUUUGCAGAGUGGCUCAGAGGCACUGUUAUACCACUUGAGUGAAUUGAAGGGGAUGGCUUUGUGGAAACAAAAAUAUGAGUCUCUGGGAUUAGAUGCAUCUGGAAUUGAAGAGGCUAUUACUGCUGUCGGUUCUUUCAUUCUGAAAGCAAAUGAGCUGCUUCAGGUUAUUGACAGUAGUAUGAAAAACUUCAAAGCGUUUUUUCGAUGGCUGUAUGUUGCCAUGUUGAGAAUGUCAGAAGAUCAUGUGCUUCCAGAGUUGAACAAGAUGACUCAGAAAGAUAUCACGUUUGUUGCUGAUUUUCUUACUGAACACUUCAAUGAGGCACCAGAACUUUACAAUCGUAAAGGAAAAUACUUUAACGUGGAGAGAGUUGGCCAGUACUUGAAAGAUGAAGAUGAUGACCUUGUAUCACCACCUAAUACAGAGGGAAAUCAGUGGUUUAAUUUUCUUAAAAACAGCACUCAUCUUAAAGAAAGUCCGCUUUUGUUUCCGUACUAUCCUGAGAAAUCACUGCAUUUUGUCAAAAAGCAAAUGGAAGGAGUCAUUGAUCAGUGUUUACAAAAGCCAGCUGAUGUGAUUGGAAAGUCAGUGCGUCAAGCAUUCUGCAUGUCUCUUUACAAAACUUCUCAAAGUGAAGAUUCCACACCUCAGUUAUUUAAACUACCAUUUUUGUGGAAUGACAAAGCAUCCAAUAUACAUUAUGUGCUCUUCACCAUAUUAGAAAGUUCUAUUUCUAAAAUAUACAUUUUGAGGAGACAUACAGAUACUUCCAGAUCUGUCAGUAACGGAAUUCUUGCAGUAGAGUUUGGAAACCUCCUGAACAACAGUAUAAAUGAGAGCUCAGACUCCAGAUGCUACAGUUGUUUAGAUGCACAUUUCUAUGAUGAUGAAACUGUAACUGUAGUUCUGAAGGAGAGUGUGGAACAAGAGGGGAAGGAGAGAAUCUUGGCUCAGCUGCCUUUAUCUUCAGUAUACACAGAUGAGGAUCAAGAAGGGGAGUUCAUCUGGGAUUCCACUAAAAGACUGGAAGAGCAGAGUGGUGAGAUACCCACACGUACCAUCUUCUUGGAGAACCAGUGGAGAGUGCUGGAGAAUAUGAAAGCUCAGUAUGUUGCUGUAAAUGGCAUUAGAAAAGUUUCCUGUGUGCUAAGUUCAAAUCUCCGUCACGUGAGGGUGUUUGAGAUGGAUGUAGAGGAUGAUGGGGAAGUUGAGGAAGAGGAGGAAGAAGAGAUAACUCAGACUGCAGCUGGGGAACCUGAAGAGCUGAAUCAGUCUGCAGAUAACCAAGAAAGUGUGUGUGGUGCAUCUGCUGAAGAACUACCUGAUGAAGCUGAAGAACGUGAAACAAGCCUGGGUCCUUGAUAGAGACUUUGACACUGAUAAAGGGACAAGGCUGAAAUCUGCCUUCAGGCUGCUGAGAUGAUGUGUCUCCUACAUGCUCUGCAGCAUGAACAUGUUGCUGGGUGUCAAUUCUGUAUCACUUCUCUCACUUCUCAGCUAAGAUCAUCCGAGUUCAAGAGUAUACUUUCUUUUUAUUUCUUGCUUUUUUUUUUUUUUUUUACCUGGCACAUUGGCUUGGUAGGAACUAAAUUUCUUUCUUUGAGAGUUUUCCAUUUGAAGCUUUUUAUAGGUGGAGAGAAAAAGAAAUGCCAACUAAAGUUUUUAUAGUUAACCUUAUCAGUCCUGAAUACUGUUCUGAAGAUAAAAUGAAUAUGUGUGUGAAAACAACAAAACCCCAAGUUUUAAGGACCAAAAUCUUUCCCUGUCAGACUUCAUGUUCUACUGAUGGGUACAGAGGCUUCUUGUAAAGAUAAAAUUUAAGUGUGUGUAUGGCCAGCAACAGGCUUGCAGAUCAGUAUAAAAAUAGUGGGAUACCAAAAGUUAGCAACUGUUACUUAAAUACAUACUUUUAAAAAUUAUUCUGAUAAAAAUCUGACCUCAGUAACACAGUAUUUGUUCAGUUUGCAGUUCUUUGGUUUUCAGUACAACACUUCCUGUGUAUGUGUGUGUGUUUAUGUUUUGUCAGAUGUCUCAGCCCCCUGGUUUGUAUGAGAUUGCUCCAGUCUUUCUCCUCCACCUGGUAUUUUUGUAAUGAAAAGUUACAACAGAGGUUGUUUUUGUUUGUUUUUAUUAUUCUGAUGUGGUGCUGUGUGUCUUGCAUAGGCUUCAGCAUAAUCAUGAUCCUUGCUAAUUUUUGUAUUGUUGUACGAGUGGUGUGGUGCUACGCAGUAAAAGCUAGCAGAUGUGUUUAGAAACAUGACAUGUUUUCUUGUUGCCUACUAGCUGGCUAGAGUCUUAACUUCACCUCAGCUCUUUGAAUGAACAAAGCGACUAAAUGCAUGAUCUUCCUCCAGGACAGCGAGUGUAUGUUUAAUUUCUGAAGAGGACCGGGUCUUAUUCUUGUGAUCCAUUCUGUAUUUCAGAACUAUGUGUCUUCUGAAACUUGUUUGGCAUUGCAAAAAUCAAAUGCUAGAAUCAUCCUCUUGCUCUUGUUUUGAAAUACACCUUUUUUUAAG